CUCUCCCCGCCCUCGCUCCCGGCGGGCCGGUACGGUGGCCGGCACGGUUGCCAAGGCAACCGCGGCCAAGCGCGGGCGGCCUAGGCCUAGGCCUCGGCCCCCGCCGCCCUGCGGAGCCUUCCCCACGCCUCGGUGCCCUGCUCCGCGUCCCAGCGCGUACCCCAGCCAGGGGCUGCCCCGGAUUUUGUCUCAAAGUCCUUUGCCCGCCUCCAGUUUUAAAGCCGAAGUGUCGGGUGGUCUGCGGAUGAAUAACGAGUGAAAGCAGGAAGCAGUUGUCACCACUCACCUGUCAAAGCCCAUUUACUAGAAGAUAACAUCCAGCUGCAGAUGAUGGCUCAUCGAUUUUCAAAAGAAGAAUUAGAUGAGCAGUUUGAAGAGUUUCUGAAAGAGUCUCUUUCAGAUGAUUCACUUGGAAAUUCAAAAAAAAAGUCCAGCAUUCUUGAGACGUUGGGACAGCCUAGGAAAAAAGAAAUGAAGAAAAAGGAUUCAGUGCCAUGGUGGAUAUCUGAGGAAGAUUCAGAUGAUGGUGGAAUGCUUGGAUCAAGUGGAAGCAUUGUCAAGAUACAGAACGCUUUGCAGCUGAUGGGAGGAACUGAUGAGAAUAUGCACGCAGAAAAGAUGCCUCUUCAGACAAGUAAUGGGAUCGCUGUCUCCUUAAGUAGAGACAGCCUGGAGACAAAUGAUUCAGUGGUAGCUUCUGGGCCUAAUCAAAGUAUCACAGGAGUUGGAUUGGAUACCCUGGAAGAACAAGAAGAAAAAGAGAUCUUUUUUGCCAAACUUGAACAGGAAGCUUCAUCAACUAUUGAUUAUUCAAGAUUAAAUAAAGAGCUGGAUUCCAAUGAUUCUGUAAUACUAGCACCAUUUGUUCGAAAUGAAGAAAGUAAAAAAGGAGAAGAGGAAGCCGCACAUGAGGAGAAAUCUGGCAGCUACAGUGAAGAUUUUGAAGAAGAAACAGAUGCUAAUCCUGGCUUUAAGGCUGAAGGAAAUCAGGAACCAAACACUGGCAUGCUGGCUAAAGUUGUAUUACUUGAUUCACAAGAUUCAACUACAGAACUUCAAAAGACUGUUGAAACAUCAGAUGUAGCACUAGGUGAACAUUAUCUGCCUCAAGAAGUUAGUGGAAUUGAAAUGAAAGAAACAGGCACUUCCUAUGGACAAAUUACCAGUGACAUCGAAGCAUUACGCCAAGCAUAUCAUCACAUUGAUCAGUCUUUGGAAGACACUGAUGAGCAAAAACAUGAUUCUGCAAUGGCAAUCUCAAAGUGCUUAUUGGAAAGUGUUUCACAAAAUAAUGAUAUCUAUUCAAAAAACGUGUCAACCACUGAAUCAGACCUACCUACUGUGGAAGUGAUGAGACCUAUUAAAGGAGACUCAUAUAAUGCCAGAAGAUUUGAUUUGGAACCUGAAAGUCCUGUGAAACAGACAGGCAGUACAGGAAAUGAACUUAUCAAUCACUUGCCCUUUAAAGAGCACCAGAAUAAUACAGUUUGGGAGACAAACUUACUUGAAAAAUCUAACAAAGACGAGAGCAUCUUUCUGCAGAUGGGUGCAAAUAAAUGUAACCUUCAGAGGGUGACUGAAAAAGAAAUUCAGACCACUGAAGUUCAGCCUGAUGUACUAAAUGAAAAGAUGGUAGAAGACUGUCUGCUUUCACAAGGCAGCAAAACUAACCAGGCUAUUCAGUCGCAUUCCACGAAGAAUGAAAGAUCAGAGUCAAUGACAACUAAGCAAAUGUUGUACAAGAAUAACAGAAGUGCAGCACCUUUACAUAAAAAGAAGUCUUCGUAUGGUCCUCAAGGAGUGGUUAGAAGUUCUGGGUAUGGGAAAUCCACUUCGCACUCAAAAGUCUUUUCCAGCUACUGAAGGAAAAUGCCAAAAGAAACUUUCAAGAAAACACUGAAAGCCAGAAGUCCUUCAGACAGAGCCAAAUCUAAAGAAGUCUUAUUUGCUACAAGGAUAAUAAGAUCUGCAACAAAUGAACCAGCUUCUAAGGAGGAUAUUAACAGAGUUAUGUCUGGACAAUCAGUUGUUCAUAACCUUGGGCACCAGGUUGUGGAUUCUUGCAGAGAGUAUCAGCAUCAUUUGCCAUUUUCUCCUGUCAAAAGUUGUGAGAGAGAACUAUAUUUGCUAAGACGAGCACAAGUUGCUGAGGAGGACCUGAACAGAGCUCGUGAUUUGAUUCAGCAGCUAACCAGCACAGUUUCACAAAAGGAGAAAGACAUGGAGACAAAGAUACUAGAAUUGAAAACACAGCAUGAAAAAGAGCUUUCUCAGUGGGGUCAGGAAAACUAUGUUCUUCAGAGCAAGUUGAGAAGCAUGGAAGAACUGACUAAAGAAAAGAGGUGGAUCCAUCAUACAGCAACAGUUCCUGUCACUGAAGAAAAAUUGUCACAAAUACAAAAAGAAAUUGAAGAUCAAGAGGUCAUUAUUCAAGGUUAUCAGCAGGAAAAUGAGAAGUUAUACAAACAAAUGAAAGAGCUGCAAAUCCAAAACAAAAAAAAUGAAGAACAAAUGUUUAAGGAAAAUCAGUGUUUAAUGUCUGAGUUAAUAGCCCUAAGAGAAAAGAUAGAAAAAAUUAAUAUCCAGUCACGAAUUGUGCAGGAUUCUGAACCAGCCAGGAAUCGUUUCACAGAAUUGAUUUCGGAACUUCGAGCAGCACGGAAGGAAGAAAAUAAAUUACAAGAAGAGAUAAAACGUCUUAAACAAGAUAAACAAGCUCUUGAGGUAGACUUGGGGCAAGCAAAGAAAGAGAGAGAUUUAGCAAAAGUCCAAAUUGCAUCUACAUCAGGUGAGAAGUCUUACGAAUUUAAAGUUAUGGAAGAAUCAUACAAACAGGAAAUUCUUCAUUUAAAAAGAAGACUUCAAUGGUAUGCAGAAAAUCAGGAUCUUCUAGAUAAAGAUGCAGCCCGUCUUAAAGAUGCAAGAGAAGAAAUUGAGAAACUAAAACUAGAGGUCGAGAAGCUCAGAGCUGAAGCUGGAGACCAGUGUGUGCAACAGAAGAAACGUUUGAAAGACAGAGCAGCAGAUGCUAAAAGAAUUCAGGACCUUGAGCGACAAAUCAGAGAAAUGGAAGGCAUUCUAAAAAGAAGGUAUCCAAAUUCUUUGCCUGCUUUGAUGUUCGCUGCUGCUGCUGCUGAGAAAACUAAUGAUCUUUCAGCUAAAACAAACACAAUUGAUUUUUUGGAGAGAAGAAUAAAAAAGUUAGAAACAGAACUUGAGGGUAAAGAUGAUGAAGCUAAAAAAAGUCUCCGUGCCAUGGAACAACAGUUUCAAAAAAUAAAGAUACAGUAUGAGCAAAGACUUGCAGAGCUUGAGCAGCUGCUUGCCUACAAAUUCAUGAGUGAAUUGCCAAAACCGAAUGUUGAUAAAGCCAAUUCUACCAAACUUGAAGAGGAGCUUCAGAAUCUGAAGAAGACCCAUCAGAUCACCGUUAAAAACCUCGAGACAGAAAUUGAAAACCUCAAGAGUCAAAAUUCCCAAUUAAAACUCGGAAGUAAAAAGGAUAACAAAGACUUAAAAUUAACAGACUCUCAAAUGAAAGAAGGUAACAUAAAAGACAGACUGUUAAAACUAAACCAAGAACUGGUCACAAAAAAUAAAGAAAUAAGAGACCUUACAAAGACUGUAGAGAAACUUCAAAAAGAAAGGAUGAUGAUGUUGUCUGAUAAUAAUUCGAGAAAUAAAACUGAUAAUAAGGAAAACUCUCAAGAGAUCUUGAAAAAGAAUACCUUAGCAACAGAUAAAAGGAAUUCCAGCAACAGUGAACCCUUUCUGGGCAUUUUUCAUGAUGACAGAAUAUACCAACCUCAUACCUUUUCUGAUCCUAAUAUCUCGGAAGUUCUGCAAGAAAAUGCACAGUUGAAAGAGGAGCUAGAAAAAUUGUCUCUAGAAAUGAACCAGCAGAGGGUGAAGUCUCAAGCAACGCUGGCUUAUUCUGAAAAUAAUAUACGAAGGAUACAGGAAGACACAGCAGAAUACAUUGCAUCUCUGAAAGCUUCCCAUCAGAGAGAAGUAGAGAACAUCCUUUGCCAGUAUGCAAAGGAGCAUUCUGCUUCCAAAGUAGCUGAACUUAACAGCAGAAUUUCAACACAAGAGAUAUUAAUAAAACAUCUCCAAGAACAAAUCAGCGAACACCAGAGACAUCAGGAAGCCCUUCUAGUUUCACAAAUGCGAGAGGAACUCCUACAAAAAGAGGUGGCAAAAUUGUUGGAAGAACUGAGAGAGGCAAAGGAGAGCCAGAGUCCCGAAAUGAAGCAUUUCUUGUGUCUGGAAAAGAAAAUCAAGCAUAUAGAGACCAGACGUGCAGAAAGAGAGCAAGAACUUCAAAAGGCAACACAACUAACACAACGUAUUACUGAAGCAAGGCAAACCCAUGAAGCUGAGAAGUGGAGAAGACUUGCACAACGGAAGAAUCAAGAACUGGAGACAUUUCGAGUGGAAUUGGAUUCAAUUUUAGAUGUUUUACGAGAACUACAGAAACAAGGCGUUGUUAUUCCAGCACCUAAUUCCAGCGGAUUCAGCGUAACAGAUAACUGUUGGAAGACAUGAUCAGAUAAAAUUCUGCUUGUGUAAUCAACUUACAAUGUUCAGUUAUAUAUAGGAAAUGUUAUGGGAAAUCAGUGAUGUAAUGCUUGUGCAUUGAAUUACAUUGAUCUUAUCUGAAAUCUUGCUGCUUCAAAGGGAGAGCUUUGAAUUAAGCUCUCAUGAAUUAAGCUACACUGCAGUCAAAGCGUAUGUCAUAUUUUGUUAGUAAUAAAGUUCAUGCAUUAUUUUUUUAUAAUAUGAGGAACUUUGAGGUUAUUCUGUUGAAAAAUUCCAUGUGACCUUUUCAGAUGCUAUAGAACAUUCCUGAAUAUUCUUAAUGCCUGUAUUUUUAGUGUAUAAUGUUACCAAUAGUUUUCAUGCAGUAGGGCAUGGAAUUUUCUUCCACCAUUUGGCUUCUCCCCCUCUAACUUCUAUAACUUUCCAGUUUCUUUAAGAUCCCUUUCAAGUUUUUAAAUGCUUGGAGCAUUGCAGCAGAGCAGUCAUUUUCCAUUGCCAUUCUGCUGAAGUGGUAGACAACACAGCAGGUAAGAAGCUGAAUGUUAGAGAUACCACCACACCUUCUAUCCUGCUGGUGUGCACACUCCUAAGUGUACUUACUGCCUGUAAAAUAGGGGCUAAUGUAGGAGGCCUUCCUGCUGCAUCACUGGUGUGUAACACGGGCUGCCAUGCUCCAGCAGGAAACUGGGAAGGGAGGAAAAGAACAGCUGUUACAGUUAUAGUCUGAAAAAACAACAAAACAACUCUUUAUCUUGAUGAUAAGAGGGUAGAAAAAGUAGAAGAAAAUGAAAAUAUAGUAAAGAAAAUUGAAGGUAGAUAUUUAGUGGCUGGAAGAAUGGGGUUUUGAACAAUAAAAUCAGUAAAGUACUAGUUUGAUAAUGUGAGUACUGAAACUCCUUAAGAAUUACAUAGGACAUACUCUGAGGUUCUAGCUCAAUCGAUGAUACUUAUUUAGAGCAAAGACAAGCUAAAAGCUAGAAUGUACACCUGAGGUCCUCUCCUGUAAUUGUGUUCAUUCUACACUGUAUUUUGUGUCAUUGAUUUUACCUUAUGAAGCUAAGCUUCAAAUCAAAAGUGAAAUUGUUCAGAGCUGUGUGUGUAUGUAUUUAUAUGUCACACUUCAUUAGGGACCAGUGGUAAGCAUGCAUUUUGGCUUAUACAAGCAUGUGACAACGCAUAAAGCGCAAAAUCGUACCACUUGCACCGUAUAGGCACAGGCAGCUAUUUACAAGUCACAACAGUGCAAGAUUGAGUGCACACAAAUGUAAAAUGUGUGCACAUAUAUAUUUAAAAAAAGUCAAGGAUGAAUAUAAAACAACCGGAGUUAGUAUAUUAAGCUUUUUUCAGUAUGAGUUUUUCCCCCAAAUAAUGAAGUAUUGGUCUAUAUUCAUAAGAUGUGUAAAUACAGCACUACUUAUAUAUAAAAUAUCAGGUGUAUAUAUAAAUAUGCUGCAUUUCCUUGAUUUGGGACCGUUUUGCAAAUAGGUAAAGUGAAAUAAUUUUAACUCAGCCUUUAAUAGUGUUACAUGUUCAGCAAAUAAAGUGUGAACUGAAGUGAGAUUUUCAAAUAAUAGCAAUUCUUGAGUUCCCAAAGAGGCAGAGUACUGGAGGUAGGUAUGGCUAAGGCAGGGGAUUAGGAGAGGUAGGUCUAGGGAAACAUUUCUAGUUGCUGGAAACUCAUCCUUCCAAACUGUUGCUUCCAGUAAUUUCUCAAAACUAUAAUCUCCAGGUUGUCAAAUGUUUGUGCAGUUCAUUCAUGUACCUUUUAGAAUUCUUAUAUUCAAUUCUCAGCAAAUGCUGGUGUCUCUCUUAUAAUGUGAAAUUCAGUUCAAACAGUAAGUUCUCUUUCAAUUUUUACUUUUACUCUAAGACAGAAUAUGAUUUAUACUAUGUUCUCAUAGGUGUUUAUGUAGUUGUGCAUUCACUGAAGCUUGUUUUUUAAUUUGUAAGGCAUUUACCAUGAGGAAAUCAAGCAGGCAGCUGGCUUUAGUGACUCAGUGACCUAGAUUAUAGAUAAGACAGCUGCUUUGAUUAAAGGAGAACAGCAUGUGCAGAAGAGUCAUAGCAGAGGUGGCAGACACACAAGCACUGUUCUCUUUCAAGUUCUCUGAAACACACCAAAAUUACUCAUGUAACAAAUUAAAUAGGUUAUUGUCAUGGAUAAAGACUUUAUUUGAUAGUACAUAAUACAUUUUCAACUCUGGCCCUCUCUCAUCUUAAACCUAUUCUGGAAAAAUAAUGAAAACCAGAUUCCUAUUACCACUAAAUAUUCAAAUUUUGCUUUACUCUAAUUAUGCCUGGACUCUUUGAACAGUUAUCUGUUAAGCAUGAAUCGUAAUGUUUAGCUUUACAUACUGUUAACUAUAUUCCUAUUGUCCAAAAAAAAAAAAAUCAAGAAAGCACAGGCCUCCAACUCUUGCUGGAAUAAUGCAUGGUGAAAGACUCUGUGCUGUCCUUGCCUGUGAGUACCUGAGGCUAUAGCAUGACUUCAGGUGAGAUCACCAUGGCUCCAGGUGACCUGGCUUUAUCAUCUUUCAUUGCCAGAAGGACAGGAUUGAGUGGAAGAAGAGCACAAUUUAAUACCUCCUUUGCCAUGGGCUUGUGAAGGGUUGUAUGGGGUUCUUUUCCUCACAGAAUGACAAUGUCAGUAUUAAAGAAUUUAGGAGUUGCAGCUCAGAUGUAUAAAUGUUAAAUAGAAUAACAUUCACAUCACUUACUUUGCCUUUUAGCCUCAUAGACAGUACAUCAUUAGGUUUCAGUAGACAAAAUUCAUGGUUUUACCUUUCCCUUUUUUUUCUCUAUCAGCAGAUGUCUCCUGAUUUCACUUUUAGUUAGGUACCUUUAAAAAAAUCAAACUUGUUUAUACACAAAAACAUAAAUAUUCACCUUUGAAAACUGGAAUACAUAACUUGCCCUAGUAAGAGUUGUUACACAAUACAAUGCAUACUUAAGCAAACAAACAUACACAGUUUUCCCCGUGAAGUUAAAUCUACCACAGGUGCUGUACUUACAGUAAAUUUUGAGAAUAGGCUAUAAAAUGGACAGCCCAAGCAGUUAGAAAGCUUUCAAUAAUUCCAUUUUCAGACAUGAAGAUGGGAACACCAUUAAGUUCCAAGUAUUCCUUUUGAACAAUUACCCUGGUCAAAACACUUUUCAUUUACUUUGCCUGAUGCUGGCUUUCUGGGGAAGAAUGUGCUUUUCUUAAAAAAAAAACAUACCAUACAAAGCUGAUUAUUAUACCAGUCCCUUUUCUCAUGAGACAAUUCAUCAUGUCUAUUAGUUCUUAAGAAGGAAAAAGAAAAUAAGAACAGAUUUAAAAUAAUUGCUUUUGAAGACCACAGAAAGUUUGUAUUUGCUUUUGACUGUUCUAAUGCACAAGCAGAGCACAAGCCUGAACCAGACUGCAUGGUUGCCACAGUGCUUCUCAAGUCACAUCAGAGCUGUGCAGAGGUUGUUAACCUGUAAAAAGGAGCUUGAAGGACAUUGUAAAAACAGAAAGGAGAUACGAUGAAGAAGUAGAACAGAAGCAGGAUCUGAAUGUUUAAUUACUCUUACAGGAUUAACACAUGCUUCAAAAAGACACUAAGAAUGCAAUUCAAAUGUGUAGCAUGUCCAGUUGGUAUCAACCCUCGGUCAUUUUAUUAAAUGCCUUUCAUCAAGGCAUUAAGUGUCACCAUCUUCCAUACACAUGAACACUUUUCCCUUCUCCCCAAAAGCAACAAUUAUGCUACUAAAAAAAAAAGGCUUGAAGAUUUAAGGUGGGGGAAGAAAAGCUUAGACCACAGUGAAUAGCAAUCUUUUCUUUUUCUAGAGCCCAGCCUGCAUGACUGAUACCCAGCUUUCAAAAUAAGCUUCAUUUCCCAAUAGCAAAACAGAUGGAUAAUUUCUUUUGCACAGGUUUUCCCCACUUAAGCAGCAAUUUGUUUUCAAGAUUGGCAAAGGGGGGAAGAAAAGAUCAAACUUCACUGCAAGCAGCUCACUCGUCCAGAAAAAGGUUAUAAAAGCCACAUUUAGAAGCAGCAGAGCUUGCUAGCAAGACCACUGUUCUAUCACAUUCGAGCUUGAGCUCAGACAAAAGCCUACCCAUUCGACAGGUGAGAUGCCUGAGCUCCCUCAGCAGGAAGCAGCUACCACAUUCAGAGCACAGCCCUUUUCCACUCAACUUGAACAGUUGAGCAAAGAGGAGUUACACUCUGGAACCACUUAGGGUUUUUCUGCAGAGAAAGACAGUUGAUUGCCCUAGCUAAGGUGAUUUUGGCAAGGCACGUUUACACAUAUACAGGCUACAAUGAAAGUUUUGGUCUAUUCCAAAGCUGCAUUUUAAAACAUUUGGGAUUGAAAGAACUAUACUCUGCAAACUUUCUGACUUCAUUGGAGAACACUUAUUUAAGAACAGCUGUAUGAGACAGCUAUAUAGAUUUUUGUCAAUAGAUUUUUUGACAGCACAGAGACACUUCCAGUGCUCUGAUGCUCUGGGGACACACGCAGUACCAAUGCUAAGGAAAGGGACAGGAACUAAUCUGGGAAGAAAAAAAGAAAUGGAAGCCCACAAAAGCUACAGCCUCUGUACUCAUGGUUAAGUACUUACAGUGAAAGGAGGCCUUUUCUGCACUGUAAGAUACGAGACCUCUGUUGCAAUCUGUGCAGCUGUGCUCAUUUAAUACAGACUUCGCUUCAGGCUUUUAUUGGGAAGUAUUUUCAACGAUAAUCUGCCAGUUUUAAAUAGCCCAUGCUUUUAACCCCUACUUAACGUGCAAAGAAACAGUGCAAGAAAUUACAUUUGAAAUCAGGAAGUGUAGGUGUCAGUGGUUUACAAACCACUGAAAGGCAAUGGAGAUGGAUAAAAAAAGAGGUUCCCCCCACUUCCUAUAUUCUUUAAAUGCACAACCCAUUCAUUGCUUUUUUCCCCUAGCUGUCAUUUGAAAGAAUGAAUUCAUCAGAACUUGCAUCUCAGAAGAGUGUAUCAACAGGCCACUGCUACAUUUUCACUUGGACAAAACCAUGUUGUAUACAAAGUAGAUUACUUUCAAAAGAAUAAAGAACCCAGUUCAGCUGGGAUCUUGAGCCCCCUGGUUUGAUACACAUUAAGAGCUUCCUGCAAAGCACUGUUACUCCAAAUCCAGCAAACCUGGUUCUUCUGCCCUCCAUGUGCUUGCUCUAAAACCACUGAGCCUCUAGCUAACCAUCUCCUCAAGAAAGCUGACAGAAAAAAUGGC